AUGGAUGUGUUUAUGAAAGGUUUGUCUAAAGCAAAAGAAGGGAUGGCUGUAGCUGCAGAGAAGACCAAGGAAGGAGUCGCAGUUGCAGCAGAAAAGACUAAAGAAGGCGUCAUGUUUGUAGGUAACAAGGCCAAAGACAGCGUGGGUACAGUGGCUGAGAAGACCACUGGAGCCAUGGGGAACAUCGCUGCUGCCACUGGCCUGGUGAAGAAGGACGAGUUCCCUGCAGACAUGAAUCCUGAGGAGUAUGGGCAGGAGGCCAUGGAGGGCCAGGGAGAGGGAAUGCUGGAGCCAGAAGGGGAGACAUAUGAUGAGACCCAGCAGGAGAGCCAGGACUACGAGCCAGAAGCAUAA